UCAAAGGAUACAGCUGCCAAGAAAGUGGAAGGGAGUGAACCAGAAGAUUAAGGCAAUCAGUGACACUCCAACAUCUGUUCGGCAGCACUCAGGAAAAGAAGUUGCAGCAGUGUGUCAGAGAGAGAUGCUGCAUCUGAAAGGAGAGAACACUCUCCAGCACUCAGGCUCAAAUGACGGAAACUUCACAGGAAAGAGAAACGCGAGGCAGGAAGCAAAUGAGGGAAAGAGCCCUGUUCAGCAGCAAUAGCGUGUCACAUACCUGUUUCUCUGCAGCACCCUGCUGCGGGAAGCCUGGCCAACAUGAAGAUGCUCUGGGUGCUGCUGCUGGCGCUGAGCUCGGUGCCGGGUGCCCCCGCGGUGCCUGCCCAGCGCCACGCGUGCCACAAGCGGCCCCUCCGGGAGCACAGCUGCCACAGCGUCCCCGCGGGCACCGACAGCCUCCGGCACGUCCACGAUGCUCUGCCACACCACUUCUGGGAAGGGAAGGGCUGCCAGGUCAUCUGCUACUGCAACCUGAAUGAACUGCUCUGCUGCCCCAAGGAUAUUUUCUUUGGACCAAAGAUAUCUUUUGUGAUCCCCUGCAACAGUUAAUGAUUCAAGUCUGCAAGUGAAGAUAACAGACAUCAUUCUACAAUCAUGUAAUAAUGUUUUCAAGGGUAAAACAAAACUACACCAACAAAAAAACUUCCUUUCUAAUCACAAGCCAUUGCCUCAUUUUAUACUGUAAAAAGAAUUUCCUUUAUAUACCUUUAUAGAGUAUCAAAUACCUAAGAAGUUUUCUUUUCAAAUCUGGUAGCUGACCUAAUUUCCAUAAAGCCAUUUCCAUGGUUUAACAGACUGUACAAGCUCUUAAUGUAUCCUAAUAUUGCAUACCCCAGCAAAAAGCAUAAGUCUUCUUACUCAGCACAAUAUCCUUAGUUAGUCUGGACAAAGAAACUUCAAGCCUAAGCCUUCAUGUCGUUAGGAACAUGACUCUCAGAGCAACUUCUGGCAGUGCAGCUUCCUAUUCCAUUACUGUCAUCACACUUUUAAUGCCAUUUUAAGCUGAAACCACUCAAUCCCUGGCACUUGUGAAGAAAAGCUCCCAUGUUCUGUUUAGGCAUCUUAAAAUACAUGCACAUACAAAAGGUCUGUAUUUCCAUAUUUGAAAGUAUUUCACUGGAAUUAAAAAUAAAAGACUAAAAAUUGA